AUGUAUAGCGUGUAUAGUAAAGAGAACCGAUUUAUUGCACUGAUCAUUGUCACUUUAGUGUUGGACUCGCCAGGCGGUAGUUGCUCAAGAGCGUCGAAUCACGUCAGUCCGAUGCGGAAUUUGAGCAGCGCACACGGCGGUUUGUACCUCUCCGCUCCGGGCAAAAUCAUCUUGUUCGGCGAACAUGCUGUCGUUUACGGACGAACGGCGAUCGCUGGCUCCAUAGACCUGCGUACAUACGUCAGUCUCUUUACAUCGGCCGACGGUCGGAUCUAUUUGAGUUUACCUGAUCUGAGCGUCGAGAAGACCUGGCUCCUCAAGGACCUCUUGAAAGCCGCCGAUCGGCUUGCUGCUGAGCAUCCAGUCGAAGAAGAUCAGCCACCUUCCCUAGAACUUCUUGUACCCAUCGCUCGGAAGUUAUCAGGAUCUUGUGAAGACCAAUGUGGCGUACAACAUUUGGCUAUCCUUGCCUUUUGGUAUCUACUUCUCGGUGUUGCACACAGGAAAAGGGAUAUACUCGCUGUCAAAGCCACAGUUCGCUUCAAGUUGCCAAGUUGCGUGGGACUCGGUUCAUCGGGUGCCUACUGUGUCUGUAUUGCUACCGCUCUUCUACAAACCACCGGCCUCAUACCGUCUCCGUCAAUUGUAACUGACGAAGACGGUAGUUUAACAUGGGAGGAUCAGCAUCUGGAUAUGAUUCGGAAAUGGGCAACUGCGGCCGAGUCUCUGAUCCACGGGCGUGCGUCGGGUUUGGACGCUGCUGUAUGCACAUACGGGGGCGUGGCAAGUUUCAAACCAGGCACACGAAUUCAGCAUUUGAGAAAUCUUCCUGACCUUCGUGUGAUUUUGGUGAACUCAAAAGUUGAGAGGAAUACAUCACGGAUGGUGCAAACAGUUAAAGAAAGGCUGAAAAAGUUCCCUGAAGUGGUAGAAGGAAUCUUUACGUCGAUUGAUGCAAUCUCGCGAGAGGCUGCAAAGAUUUUGCAUCGACCGCCAGAGGAGAAUGGGGAAGCGUUGGAUAAGUUGGAAAAUGGCGGACACGGAACGUCCGUUUCAGAUAACGAUCACCACUCACUCCAGCCGACUCGUGGCGGUAGCGUGCGCUCGUCAACGUUCUCCUCAUACGUGGCUGGUGGCAAACGUGGUAGCUCAGUAUCUGCCGUUUCAGCGACGUCGGAAAAGGGGGAACUCGUCGACACGUUCAGUAAGCUUAACGAUCUGUGUCGAAUAAACAAUCAACUGCUCAUAGGAUUGGGUGUUGGCCAUCCGAAAAUCGAUCAGAUUUGUACCACCCUCGCCAGAUAUGGUAUCCAUCCGAAGAUGACUGGCGCUGGUGGUGGCGGUUCUGUGUUUGCAUUUCUAAAACCAGACACGCCGCAAACGUUAUUGGACAUGAUCAGUAGCGAGCUGAUAAAGCUUGGUUACGAGGUUUGGCAACCGCCGUUGGGUGGCCCAGGUGUUAUCGAGCACCAACGACGACCUGACCUGUUCCAGACGCCAACAUCGUCAUCCACUUGCUCGACGCCCGCCUCUAAGCACAAAUAG